AUGGCAGGAGUUUUGGAUGCUUUGGCAUCUUAUGUCAGCAACAUGCUCACUGAGAUGGCAAUUGAAGAAGUGGCCAUGUUGAUUGGGGUCUCUAGCGGGAUUGAUGACCUAAGCGUCAAGCUCAGGGACCUAAAAAAUGUCCUUGCAGAUGCCGAUAAGAGGAACAUCACAGACGAGAGUGUGCGGGAGUGGGUGGAGGAACUGAAGCGCGCCAUGUAUCGCGCCACUGACAUCCUCGACCUGUGCCAGCUCAGAGUCAUGGAGCAAGGUCCAUCCAGGGACAUGGGGUGCCUUAACCCACUCCUCUUCUGCAUGCGACAUCCCCUCCAUGCCCACGAGAUCGGGAGCCGCAUCAAGGUGCUCAACCAAAAGCUAGAUGAAAUCUCCAAGAGGGGCGGUAGUUUCAAUUUUAUCAAGCUGGAAGCCUACCAAAACCGAAAGACAACCAACCCUCCUCCUGUCAACCGCAAGACAAAUCCACUGCUGGAGCGAUCAAGUGUGGUCGGGGAGAAGAUUGAAGAUGAUACAAGGGCACUUGUCCAUAUGCUCAUGAUGGAGUCAGGGGACAAGAGUGAUAGCAUCAUGGUGUUUGCCAUUGUUGGUGUCGGUGGAAUUGGUAAGACUACCCUCAGCAAGAAGGUCUUUAAUGAUGAGGCCAUUCAAGACAAGUUCACCACAAAGAUAUGGUUGAGUGUCACACAAGAGUUCAGCGAGGUUGAGUUGUUGCAGACGGCCAUCACUUCUGCCAAUGGAAACUUGCCAGGGCCAGGUGGUGGGUCUCAAGACAAAGCUUUGCUUGUGCCGGCUCUUGCGAGCGCUAUCAGAGACAAGAAGAUAUUUCUUGUGUUGGAUGACAUGUGGGGCACCAAUGAAUGGACCAACUUGCUGAAGGCUGCCUUUAGCCACAGCGCCCCUGGCAUGAAAGCUGUGCAUCCUUACCACCAUGUUGACAAAUUAGAGCCUGAAGAUGCUUGGUCAUUGCUCAAGAAGCAGGUACUCACAACAGAGAAAACUGAACCUGCAGUUGAUAUGCUUAAGGAUAUUGGGUUGCAAAUCGUAGAAAAAUGUGAUGGGUUACCGCUUGCCAUAAAAGUGAUGGGAGGACUCCUAUGCCAGAAGGACAAAGAGCGACAUGAUUGGGAAAAGGUUUUGCAUGAUUCUACAUGGUCAUUUGUGGGAAUGUGGAUUGGUGAAGGAUUUGUUCAUGGGGACUCUGAUAAAUUGGAAGAAUUAGGAAAUGAGUACCAUAAGGAGCUAAUAUUGAGGAACCUAAUAGAGCCGGAUCCGUUAUAUUCCAAUCAAACUAUUUGCCACAUGCAUGAUGUUGUUCGAUCAUUUGCUCAAUUUUUGACUAGAGAUGAAGCACUAAUAGGUCAUAGUGGAGAAAUUCUUAAUAGCAAACUUAGUCUACCAAAGUUUCUUAGGUUAUCUGUAGAAACCAAAGGCGGGCAGUCUGAUGAAUUUGAGUGGAGAUGUUUACAAGAGCAAAAAUCGCUAAGAUCGAUAAUAAUAAUUGGGAAUUUCAAGAUUCAGUCUGGUGAUUCGCUGAUGAGCUUUUCAAGUCUCCGAACUCUACAUAUUGAGUCUGCAAAUUUUGCUGCAUUGACUGAAUCUCUAUAUCAGCUCAAACACCUGAGGUAUCUAACACUACAAAACUGCAAUGAUAUAAACAGCCUGCCAGAGGACAUUCACAAGGUAAAAUUCCUACAACACCUUGGUCUUGAAGGUUGUAGGAGUCUGGUGAAACUUCCUGACAGCAUUGUCAAGUUAGAGGAACUGCGAUUUCUUGACCUUGAUGACACAUGUGUAAAUAAUAUGCCUAGGGGUUUCUGUGCCUUGAUAAAUCUGAGGGAACUAUAUGGGUUCCCAGCCUACGUGAAUGGUGAUUGGUGUAGUUUGGAAGAGUUGGGACCUCUUUCUCACCUCAUUCAUCUCGGAUUGAAGGGUUUGGAGAAUGUAGCCGUUACCUCGUCCGCCUUGAAGGCCAUGCUUGUUGCAAAGGUACAUCUUACGUUAAUGAAAUUACACUGCACGAAUACACUUGACAACAAUAGAAGAGUACCCUCUGAGAAGGAACAAGGAAUAAUUGAGGAGGUGUUUGAUGAACUCUAUCCUCCGUCUUGCAUCGAAAAUAUUAACAUCCAAGGAUAUUUUGGUCGCCAGCUCCCAAGAUGGAUGAUGUCGACGGCAACAUCGCCUCUCAAGAGCUUGAGGUUUCUAACAAUGCAUGAACUUGUUUGUUGCACCCAACUCCCUGAUGGCUUGUGUCUGCUCCCACGUCUCGAGCUCCUAGCAGUCGACCGAGCGCCAGCUAUCAAGCGUGUUGGGCCUGAAUUUGUGCAGUCCCCGGACCACCGUCAUCAUCCUUCAUCCCAGGCGACAACUUCUUUUCCAAGACUGCAUCAGAUGAAGCUAAAUGCAUUGGUGCAAUGGGAGGACUGGGAGUGGGAGGAGCAGGUGCAAGCUAUGCCCCUCUUGGAGGAGCUUAGUAUCGUAAGAUGCAAUUUGAGGCGUAUCCCUCCCGGCCUUGCAUCCCAUGCAAGGGCUUUGAAAAAAGUAUAUAUGAGCAACAUCGAGGGCCUUGACUCUGUUGAAAACUUUGGUUCCGUCACUGAGCUCAGGCUGUCUCGCAUGCCGGAGAUGACUAGGAUCUCUAAUCUUCCCAAAUUGCAGAAUCUUGAGAUCAGCUUCUGCCCAAAGGUCGAGUUACUUGAGCAGGUGCCUGCACUCAGAAGACUUGUGCUGAAUCUAUGGCACAGUGAGAAACAACUCCCGUUAUACCUGCAGGCUGUGAAGCCAAGUCAUUUUUUGUUGAACUGCAGCCGAAAGGUACUCACCUCCAUGGCUUUGGGAAAAUCUGGCUCGGAGUGGUACAAGUUCAGCCAUAUCCAGCAUGUUGAGGCUUAUGCAAAGGAUGGGGGCAAUGAAAAAAAAUGGCACCUACUGUACACAAGAGAGCCCUACAAGAUCGAUACAAAUGUUGUGCAGGAUUACUCAAAUGAAAAAUAG